CGGUUUGACGCCCCGUCCGCGGUUUAAUGGAAAAUUGGUAAACAAAACGAGUAUCUCGGCGAUGUAAAAUCAUAAAAUAUCAUCUCAAAUAGAAUAACAGAACGUUUUAAAGGAAACAUUUCGGCAAAUAUGUUUGAAUCUGAUGAUUUUGACCAGGUUUUGUCGCAGUUUGAGUUUCCUGAGGUUAAAAGUCCCGAUUUCGGGGUGAACAAAAUCACUGAUACACGUGUGCAGCAUGUAAAAGAGAAUCCUGAAAGUACAAGACCAAACACUUCAGAGCCAAGUAUUGCAUUUACUAGCAACAACUUGAUAACUACUACAACUCAACAAAAUGAUGAAUUUAAAACUCCCGAAUUUCUUUCGCCUAAACAUGCAAAACGGAAAAUGAUUAAUUCUUUGUUUGAUUCUAAAAGUAAAAGGAAGUUUCCGGGUCCUGCCGGGCUACUGACUGGAAGUCUUGAGGACAACCAGGAUGAGAGUGUUGGACAAAUGCAACUGCUCUCGCAGGAUGUAGAUUUCACACAAAAUCAUUUAAGAAGUGAAAUAUUUCAAUCUCCUCUCUGGGCCAGACUGGUGGAAGACAUCAGGGAGUGGACCGUGGGGAAUGUGGAUUCAAUUCAAACUAUAAAGCAGCAAGCAUUAGCUGGCCACUUGCAGAGGAGGAAAGCACAAAACAUUACAGCUUUUGUUGAAGCCAUCGACAGGUCUGCCACUGAUCCUGUCGUUAUUUUGAGAGAUAAAAGUGGUAGUAUAAAAUGCACCUUGCACAGAGACGCCUGGCUAUCAUUCUCAUCCUACAUAGCCUCUGAGUACUGUGCACUGGUGCUUCGAACCCCCACAGUGCUGACAACAGGUGGAGCCUUCAAGAAACACUACCUGAACAUUACACUCAGUAAUAUCUAUGCAAUAUACAGUUCUGCAGUACUGAAGGAUGAUGAGACUAAUACAAUCCCAGAUGGAUAUAGUAUGGUGUAUGAAGAAGAGUUCAGUGUGAUAAAGACUACAGCUGCUCAUAAUAAUGAUAAAGGUGAUAGUAUAAUGAAUCAAAAUGGAUCCCCACUAGAGACUGAUGACUUCCUAGGCGACCUAGAUGGCAGCAUAUUUUUAGAUGAUAUAUUCUGAGGAGCCUCAUCAUUGAUUGGAGUUUGUUCUGUGAUAAUAAUUAUUGUAAAUAAGUGCCUAAAUAUUUUGUAUUUAACAUUAAAUAUAUAUGGCAUGUUUUGAUUAUUAUACUAAAGGUUUUUCAAAUUAUAAACUUUACCUAACCUAGUAUUAUCAAGUCAAGAAAUAAAA